UCUGGGCGGCCCGUCUGGUCGAUAAGAGAAUCGGGCGCUGUGAACUGAACUGCGGGAGGCAGGCCAGCAUCCGGGCUCAGUCCAGUGGAGAGCCUUGCCAUGAGUGCAGUGGCUCUGUUCGUGCUCGCGGUGCUGUGGAGCUGCACAGCGCAUGUGUUUGCCUGGGGAGGAAAUUUGGGCACUGGCGAUGGGGUCAUUACUUCACCGCAGUGGCCAAACACGUACUGGAACAAUCAAAAGGUUGAAUGGAUUUUGGGCCCAUACCCUCAAGCGACCUCGGUGUAUUUCGCCUUCACAGAAGCAGAGUUUGAGGGUGGCGAUGGCGUGAGUUUUUACGCAGAGCGAGAUGGAUCGUUCCGAUGGAUUCGCCUCGUCCGCGCUUUUUAUUCACUGACACCUUUUACCAUCGAUGUAGGCAAGGCUGGCCGCAUUAAAGUGGUGUUCGAAAGCGAUGAAGGUGUUGUAAGGAAGGGUUUCCGGUUAUUAUACUCUACAGUCGCCUGCGGAGGAGUCUUGGACAGUAGAGCUGGAAUCAUUAAGUCGCCGCAGUGGCCAUUCCCCUACCCCAGUGGCCUAACCUGUGAAUGGAUUUCGAUGUCCUUGCCUGAACGAACUUCGAUGUAUUUUGUCUUUACUAAUCUACAGCUGGAGGGCAACUGCCAAGAUGUUGUGGAGUUUUAUAUAGAGCGAGGAGGAUCGUUCCUUCUGCUUCGCCAGGUCUGCCAAGAAUCCAAACGGCUGCCUUUCAGCAUUGAUGCUGAGAUGGGUGCCCGGAUUAAAGUGGUGUUCCGGAGCGAUCUAUACGAAAGCUCCGAAGGUUUUCGGUUAAUGUAUUCAGCAAUGCAGCCCUUCUAUAGUCCAUCCGCAAGCAAAACAGACAUUAGCUGCUUCAAUGGAGGCGUAUUGGAUGCUCCUGUAUGCCAGUGCCCACCUGGAUUCUCGGGUGUCUACUGUGAAAAGGCUUGUGGUGGGGAUCGUUACGGCAAGGACUGCGAAGAACAGUGCUCUGGCGGCAUUAUCGGAUGCAGCGGUAAAACGUUUCCCCGAAUUCUACAGAAUGUGCUGGAUGAUUCAAUUGCACGAACUUGCGCGUCGGGUCUGAAGGGUUCUAAUUGCGAUCAAGUCUGCGGUCGCGGUGAGUACGGUGCCAACUGUGCUUCACGUUGUGGUUUCUGCGGCGGACAAGGAGACUGCGAUCCCUUCACGGGCCACUGCGAGCGUGGAUGUCUACCUGGGUACCAUCCACCAUACUGCCAGCAAGGUAUAACGCACCUUCUCAAAGGCAUUGAAGUUGCAUCCAUUACGGCAACGUCGUUCAAGGGAUCCAUUCUCGUGACUCCUGAUAACACGAAAGGAGAAGGCUCUGUCCACUUCUUCGAGGUGCAGCACAAGGAGUCAGGCGGCGAUUGGACCACAGGCGUGUUCGGGAAGGUCGAGCCGUGCCGAACCAGGGCCUGCCCUUUCACGGUGGACGGACUGAUGCCUAACACAGCUUUGUUGGUGCGGGCCCUGCUGCUCAACGAGGACCUGCAGCGCUACGACAGAGUGCCCUACUUGACCGUUCGCACUGGGGGCCAGCGACAAAUCGCUGAUUUGGUGGUAACAACUGCCACACCACGGAGCUUACAAGUUGCAUGGACGUCGCCUUCCAAACAGGGCCCCUUCUCAGUCAUGUAUGAGUGCGAGGCGCUGCUGGCAUGCGCGGACGUGCCUUGCAAGCACGUCAACGGGGCCCUCGUGGUGGCGAACACGUCCGCGACGCUGGAGGGGCUGCUGCCCUGUGCUUCGUACCGCAUCACCGUGGCCAGGGACGACGAGGCCCACAGCAUCACUGCCACGACACGCACCACAGUUCCCGACGCGGUGGUGUCCGACUUGGAGGCGACCCACUUGGCCAACACCACGGUACUGGCGCGGUGGCGUGAGGCCUCGGCGUGCGCGGAGGUCAACGGGCCGCUGGUGCGGUACCGCUGGGAGCUGUACCGCGACGAGGACGUCGAGGGCCACAACGGGACGACGCCAGCGCUAGCGCUCCGUUCGGGCUUCACCAAGAACAUGAUGGUGAUGCUAAGGGAUUUGGAGACACUGACCAGGUACAGGCUGCACGUCAACAUCGUCAAUAUAGUGGGCGGCAACCCACAACGAUGGGCAAAGCUACCUUUCAGGACGCUGCACACAGCGAUGGCCGACGCUCCUCUUGAUCUGGCUGUUUAUCGUCUGAAUGGCACUGCCCUGUGGCUCCGUUGGGCGCCCCCGACCAAGGGAAGCGAGACGUUGCGCCACUACGUCGUUACGUUACCGGCCCCUGGCGGUCGGCGCAAUGAGACUGUGCCGCCGAACACUCCCUGCCCCGCUUGGCCAUCGCUCACCUGUCACGUGGUGACCGGACUGCAGCCCGACGCGGAGUACAACAUCAGUGUCAGCGCCGUCAACGAGCACAGCGAUGAACCGGGCGUGCCCGCCACAGUGCGGGCGUCAACGAAAGUCGGAACGCCCGGACCGCCCCAGCUUCUGAGCGUUAAGGACAGAAGCGCGAAGUCCGCAGUGCUUCAGUGGCAGUUGCCAGACGUCUUGAACGCAGACCUGCACUACUUCGAGAUCGUGGUAUCGCCGAAACGCGGCGCCUCUGGCCCGCCUCGCCGCAUUGAAGUGGGAGUUACAGAAGAGAAGCUGUGGUACGAAUCUACAGUUACUGGAUUGGUGCCGGACGGAGUCUACUCCGUGAUGGUGCGCUGUGGGUGGAAUGGCGAAUCGGCGCAGCUGGAAAUUAACUCUAUUCCGAAAUGAUGCGCGCACGGCGUGUACGCGUAUGGGCAUCUUUAUAUCCUUACGAAUUAUAUCAAUAGCAUGCGGAAUCUUGUAGCAUGCCAUGCAUUAUGUAAAGUUUAUCUGAAUAAACGCACUGUUAGGGAUUUUUUUGUAAAAAACGAGUAAUUCCCCGUUAAUUCCAUAGGACAAAUUGUUCGUAAGUAAUGAGUACAGUCGUUAUAAUUCAAAUCU